AUGUCUACAACUCCACCACCAGCUAUUUUCUUCACCGAUUGGGAUGGUACAGUCACAUUAGAAGACUCAAAUGACUACCUUACUGAUAAUUUAGGUAUGGGUUACCCAAAAAGAAAAAUUAUAAAUGAUAAAAUAUUAGAAGGAAGUUUAAGUUUUAGAGAUGGAUUUAGAGAAAUGUUAGAAUCAAUUCCAACACCAUUUAAUGAAUGUAUUGAAUAUUUAUUGAAAAAUGUCAAAUUAGAUCCUGGAUUUAAAGAAUUUUAUAACUAUUGUGAAGCUAGAAAAAUUCCAAUUAUUGUUGUUAGUUCAGGAAUGACUCCAAUUAUUUCUGCAUUAUUAACUAAAUUAGUUGGUGAAGAAGCUGUUUCAAAAAUUCAAAUAUUAUCAAAUGAUGUUAGAGUAGAUGAUAAUGGUAAAAACUGGGAAAUAAUUUUUAAACAUCCAGAUUCACAUUUUGGUCAUGAUAAAUCAAAAUCAAUUACAGAAUAUUUAGAAGCACAUGGGUUUUCAGCAGCUCAAAAUCAAGACUUAGACGGUUUACCAAGCAUGCCAAAACUUUUUUACGCAGGUGAUGGUAUUAGUGAUGCUUCACUGGCAGAAAAACUUGAAGAAAUUUCAAAAAGUUUGGAGAAAAAUGAUAAUAAUGAUAAAUCUGAUGAAGAUACUGAUAGUUUAUUAUUUGCCAAAAGUGGUCGUGAUCUUAUUAAAUUUUGUGUUAGAGAAAACGUUGCAUUUACUGAAUUUAAUGAUUUUAAGGAUAUAUUAUCAAAAUUGAAAAGUAUAGUUGAUGAUGGUGUUCCUGUUAAAAAUUUCGUUGAAAAUUCAAAAGUUAAAGCUAAUGAAGAGGUUAAAGAAACUACUAAAUAG